GUACCUCUAACUUAACAACUUCUACAACGCACCCUCUGAAGCUCCAAGCUAAACUCGUUAUUGGCAUCACCACCCCCAACCAUCGACUAUCUUUGAACAUGGUAAGUAGUUAUAUUGCCCUCUCCUCUCCUUUUUAUCAUCCCCUUCCCCCAACCUGCACCUACCACACCGCCCUACAAACAUAUGAGCAAACUUUUGGAUCGUCCGGGCUCAAGCUGACCCAGCAAUCAUCCUACACCACAAACAGUUGGGCGGAAAUUUCUACGACGAUGAAGAUAUGGUCCCCAGCUACCACUCACGCAACCGGCGUUUCGACGAAUUUCUCCGCUGUUACCCCGUCGUCAUGAUGCCGGGGGCAGAGCGUGCAGAGUUGAACUACGGUGGGAAAGUCAUCAUGCCGCCGUCCGCCCUGGAUAAGUUGUCGCGGCUGCAUAUCGCCUACCCCAUGCUGUUCGAGCUGAGGAACGGGUCGAAGGAUAAGGUCACUCAUGCGGGUGUGUUGGAGUUUAUUGCGGAGGAGGGGAGGGUUUACUUGCCACAUUGGGUACUUGUCCACUAUCUUUCUUCUUUUUCUACCUGUCUUUCUGGAAGCGACUAAUGUGAGAGAAUGAGUAGAUGAUGCAAACCCUCCUUCUAGAACCCGGCGAGCUUUUACAAAUCAAAUCCACCGAUCUCCCGGCGGGGACAUUCAUAAAACUCCAACCCCAGUCGGUGGCCUUCAUAACGUCCAUCACGGAUCCCAAAGCCGUUCUUGAGAACGCCCUGAGAACCUUCUCCGCGCUUACGGUCGGCGAUAUAUUCUCCUUCUUCUACAACGACGAGGUCUUCGAAAUUGCUGUAUUGGAGGUCAAGCCAGAGACCAAAAUGAGCGCCAUAACAACCAUCGAGACUGAUAUAUCCGUCGACUUCGCUCCCCCGGUUGGGUACGUCGAGCCCAGCAGGCCCCCGCAGUCAUCAAGACCCGGAAGCGUGGUUGGGGGAAGACACGUAACUCCAUUGGGCGAAACCGGCAGCAUGGCUAAGAGUAUAAACUACGCAGCUAUAGCCCCAUCAAGCACUACCUCCACCACCGCCACCUCCGGAGCAAAACAAUCCUUCUUCACAGGAGGCGGCGGCCAAAGGCUCAAGGGCUCGAAAACUGGUACUCCAAAGGAGAAACCUAGCACCCCCGUUGCGGGCGUAUCCUCAAAUCCUCCCCCACCGGUGAUCCCCGCCCCAACUGUUAGGAGAGGAACAGGCCCGCAACCACUCCGCCUCCCGCCCGGACAGCUAUUCUUUGGGUACGAGAUCAAGCCUGUGAAGAAGAAGGAUGGCGGGGAAGGUGAGAAGAAGGCGAGCGUGUUUUCGGGGUCGGGACAGACGCUAAGGGGCGGUAACGCGGGUGGGAGGAAGAGGAAGGGCGAUGAGGCCGGAAAGGGAAAGGGAAAGGGUCCGGAGGUUAUUGAGAUUGAUUGAUUGGUUCGUUGGUUGAAGGUUGUUGUUGUUGCUGUUUCUUUCCUCUUCUGCCUCUGUAAUAGGGAUAGGGAAUAGAUAUGGUUGGGAUUGUCGUUGGCAUGUGUUAUGAUAAUUGAUUCGUUUGAUGCCCGUGCAGCGAGUUGGGGCUUGGUGAUUUUGGUGGGGGUGUUUGAGCGUAAUAUUCGAGUUACGAAGGCGACUUUGGAGAAUCCGAACCUAGGUGGCCCUGAUGAUGCUAACCGCCAUGUGGGAUUUUGGUC